GCGCACGCGGCGACUCGCCAGCGCGACCACAGCGGCGCCGGUGCACGACGCGCGUAGUGCACUCCGCGACCUUCUCGCACCUCGCAGUUACCGCGCCGAGCGAUCCCGGCGCCACCACGCCGUGUUGUGUCACAAUACUACUCAAUACAAAAACAACAACAGACUGUCGCCAGGCCCAUAUCACCUUACUAAAUUAGCAAAUAUGUUAGUAAACAAGGCAGUUCAGUUCGCCGUGUUGGCGGCAGCAGUGCUCCUGGAGAGCGGAGCAGACGCCGCCACGUCGCCGUCCGUCAAGUUCUGCGGCCGACAACUCAGCGAGAUCAUGAGCAGAGUCUGCCACGCUUACAACAGCCCUUGGGAUACACCCACAGUGGAACAACCGAGCUCUAUAGUGAGAAGAAGACGACAGGUGGGGAACGGUAUUGCUGACGUAUGUUGCAACCACGGCUGCACGUGGGAACAGCUUAGUGAAUACUGCUCCAUCAGUGCCAAUUCUGAGUCACCGCUAGAAGACAUGGAGGCGCACAUAAUUGCAGACAGAUCAGCGGAGCAGACGGCGGCGGAGACGAAGGACGCGGCGAGUCCGGCGACUGCGCCAGCGGCGGUAGGCAGCGCGGGGUAUGCGGGGCGCGCGGCGGGUGGGGCGCGGGGCCGCGGGUACGGCCGCGCACGCGCCCGCGGCCGCCGGUGCUGGUGCCGGCGCAAGCGGCGCUCGGGCCGACGGCGAUCCUCUCUCAUGGGUAACAUGGACCUCGUAAAAAAUGUAGCACGCGCUGCUCCCGUGGUGGGCACCGUAUCACCUCUAAUCACGUGGGGCCGGACACUCAACACUGACCUCUCGCCGGCCAGCCGGGACCAAUACGCGUACGUCGUCUACGCAUGAUAAAACCCAUGGUUGUUUGUAACCGUUGACGACGGCCACGACUGCGGAGAACACUCACCGUCAGUGCACAUGGCGGGAAACUAACACCGAGGUCACUAUACCCUAUGUAAUAGUAAGACGACGAGGUAAGGUACAAUGUUUUAGUGUUCAUUAUUAUGUAGCGUUCAUAUGAUAAGUAUUCUUUUCUAUCGAAGUGUCAAUUAGAUUAGGAACGACAUUUUUGUCGAUGACCAAGUGUUCCACUUUAAGAAUACUUUCUUAAUCUUAGAAAUAGAUCACAAAGUAUACUUCAAUUUCAGUGUUUGUUUAGAAGUUUACUUAAGUCUUUUUGCUAAUGCUUUUAACAAGCAUUUUGUAUUAUAUUGCCAUACCUUUAAAUACUAUACAGCAUAGGCUUCAAAUGCAAAAACUUUGAAUUGCGUUUGAAUUCUGUGUUAUUUAUGUAAUUAUAUAAUAAGCCAAUUUUCCAUUCUCUUUGUCUGAGUAUCUACUAUUAGUUUAAGUACCUAGGUGACAUUAUUAUUUUAGUUUAAAGUUAGCUCUACUUUUAUUGAUAUUCGUUCACACGAAGUCGUGUGCAAAUAGAAAGGAAAAUUGUCUAUUCUUAAAUUAUUUGUAUUUACAUUUGCAAUAAAAUUUACAUUUGCCAUAAUAGUUUCCCAAUUAUAUUAUUGUCUAAGAUGUGUACCUAUAUGCUACCAAUAAAUCUCCUACCAUAUAAGAAUUAACGAUCUCUAAAACAUCUGUGAUAACUCCAACUGAUAAAAAUAAAUCAUUAAUUUAUGAAUUUUAGUUAUGUCAGCAUACUAGUUGAAUGUAUUUCCUUGUGUUAGAAAAUGUAUGUAUUUAGACAUUAAGUAGUUCUAAGUUCAGAGUGGACACUUGUAUAUUAGCAGGCAAAUCUGUCCCAGAUCGAAGUCAUUGCAAGUUGUUAAUCAGUCCUUCGACAGAUUUGCCACAAGCUUGGACAUGCUUCUACUGUGACUGAACUGACUGACUAGGUGGAUGCUGUAUUAAAAUUGACAUUUAUUUCUAA